AUGAAUUCAGACAAUCCACAUAUAAAUUUAAGUGAAAAAGGAAAAUUAGAUGAACAUGUUAAUGGAGAAAAAAGUAAUAAAAAAGAAAUAAAUGAAAAAACAAAAAAUAACAAUUCUAUUGAUGUAACUGAAGAAAAAGAUUUAAAUGAUAAAACAAAUAUAGAACAAAAAUAUUUAGAAAAUAAAGAAAAUGAUACUGAUAAUGGUAAUAGAGGACUUUUAAAUUAUGCUGACAAUUUAGAAGAUGAAAUAAUUGGAAGACUUUCUAAAUCUCAACAAUCUCCAGAAGAAAUUAUUGAAAAUGCAAAAAUAGAAGAUAGUGAUGCAUACUAUAUGGCAUUACAAAAAGCAGAAGAAGAAUGUAAGUCAACAGGAAACAACUAUUAUGCGACAGAAAGUAUAGAAAAUAUGUGUAAAGAAUUUGGUUUAGAGGAUAUUAAUCUUGGUUUAGAUUCAAAACAAGUAGAGAUAAACAGGGAAAAAUAUGGAGAAAAUUUUAUUGAGAAAGAACAAGUAGUGCCCAUAUGGAAAAUAUUUUUAUCUCAAUACUGGAGUCCUGUUGUUAUAUUAUUGCUGAUUGCAGCUGUAGCGAGUCUUUCUUUAAAUGAAAUUGUUGAAGGAAUAGCCAUUAUAAGUAUUGUUACAUUAAAUGCUUGUUUAGCUACUUAUAUGGAAAAAUCAUCAGGUGAUGCUAUAGCGAAAUUAGCAGAAAUGGCUUCUCCUCAAUGUACAGUUUUAAGAAAUGGGCAAAAGGUAGUUAUUCCAUCAAGAGAAGUUGUUGUUGGUGAUGUUGUUGUUAUAAGUACAGGAGAUUCUAUAUCAGCUGAUUUAAGACUUUUUGAAGUUAUUGAAUUAAAAACUAACGAAAGUUUAUUAACAGGAGAAUCAGAAGACAUAAAAAAAACAUUAGUAGCUAUAGAUCCAACAACUCCAUUUGCAACAAAUUUAUGUUUUGCUACUACUUCAGUUACUAAUGGAUGUGGUAAAGGUAUUGUUAUAUCUACAGGGUUAGAAACUCAAGUAGGAAAAAUUGCGUCUCAAUUAAAAAGAACAAGCAAAGGUAGUAAAUUAACACCAUUACAAGUGGCGUUAAAUAAAUUAGGAGGCUUAAUAGGCUUAAUAGCUAUUAUUGUACUAGUAGGAAUUAUUGUUUUAGCUGUUCUUAUUAAAUAUAGAGACCCUGCACAUUCAGACAAGGAUCCAACCUUUGUUAUUAUAAUUAUAGGAGUAGGUUUUGCAGUAUCAUCUAUUCCUGAAGGAUUACCUAUGGUUGUAACUAUUACUUUAUCUGCGGGAGCCAAAGAUAUGGUUAGAAAAAAUGCAAACGUUAGAAAAUUGCCAGCUGUUGAAACAUUAGGAUGUUGUUCUGUUAUAUGCUCAGACAAAACAGGGACAUUAACUGAAGGAAAAAUGACAGCCAUUAAUGCAGUUACUAUAUGCAAAAAUUCUUCUCUAAGUGAUGAUAACUACAAUUUAACAAAGACUUUUGAUUUUUAUCCAACAAAGGGAUUUGAACCAUAUGGUGGUUUGUUUGAUUCAAAAGAAUUAACUAAUGAAAAAAAAAAAAGUAUUGUAAUUGCUAAGAAUCAAAAUAUUUCAUACGAUACUGUUCUCUACAAUUAUGGAAAUGCCUUAAACAAAUCGCCAACUGUAGAUAAAGCAAGAUCCUUAAUGCUUGCUGCAUAUUUAAAUUCUUAUGAUACUACAUUAGCAAGAGAUUCUAAAACAUCCAAGUGGUCAAUACAAGGAAAUAUGAGUGAAGGCCCAAUUGUAGUUGCUGCUGCUAAAGUGGGAUAUAAUUUUAACAAUAAUACAUCUAAUAACUCAUAUCUUAAAGAAUAUAUUAGAUUAGAUAAUUUAGAGGUUACUUUCAAUUCUUCACGUAAAAUGAAAAUUACAUUUUAUAAAUUAAGAAAAGAAAAUAUUUUUGAAAAUAUAUAUCUUGAAAAUUUUAAUAAAACUUAUACUCAUAUAGCUAUAAUUAAAGGUGCUCCUGAUAAAUUACUUGAUAAAAGUACACACUUAUUAAAAGAAACAAAGAAAAAAACUUAUAUUUCUUGGGAAGAUAAAAUUACUGAAGAAGAAAAAAAUAUAUUAACAAGAAAAAAUCUGGAAUUAUCACAAAAAGCAUUGAGAGUUUUAGCAGUAUGUAUAAAGCCAUUAACAGAAGAAGACAUAGAAUAUUUAAAAAAAUUAAGUGAUGCAGAGGAAAGAUUAAAUUAUGUUAAUUACGAUAAAAGUGGUGGGUUUAUACCUUUAGGUUAUAUAGCAUCAUUUGAUCCCCCAAGGCCAGGAGUAAAAGAAGCAAUUCAGACAUGCAGAGAAGCUCAAGUAAAAGUCAUUAUGAUUACUGGAGAUCAAAAACCUACAGCUAUCGCUAUUGGAAAAUUAAUAGGAUUAAUAAAUGAAAAAUUAGAUGAAAAAGAAAAAAAUUAUUCUGAAGCAAUAGAAUGUUCUGAACUUCAUAUAAAUAAAAAUCCAAAUGAACCUGUAUUACCAAAUACACAAUUGGAUGAGUUUACCGAUAAAAUUUUAAUAUAUUCAAGAGCACAACCUGAAGAUAAAAUUACUAUUGUUCAAUCUUUAAAAAGGAAAGGUUAUUUAGUUGCAAUGACAGGGGAUGGUGUUAAUGAUGCGCCUGCUUUAAAAGCUGCAGAUAUAGGAGUAGCAAUGGGUAUAAAUGGAACUGAAGUAGCUAAAGGAGCAUCGGAAAUGAUUUUAAUAGAUGAUAAUUUUUGCACAGUUGUUAGUGCUAUUGAUGUAGGAAGAACUAUUUAUUCAAAUAUACAAAAAUUUGUCUGUUUUUUGCUUGGUACAAAUAUUGGUGAAAUAAUUUAUCUUUCCAUUGCUAUAGCUGCACAAAUGCCCUUUCCCUUAGAAGCCUUGCAAAUUUUAUUUUUGAAUCUUAUGACAGAUGGAUGCCCAGCUGUUGCUUUAUCAAAAGAGCCACCAAAUGAUGAUAAUAUGAAAGUACCUCCUAGACCUAAAAAGCAGCCAAUUAUGACAAAAACUUGGUGGUUUUAUGGAAUUAUACCGCAUACCAUCUUUGAAGCUUUAUGCGUUUUGUUAUCACUUGCUAUAUCUUUAUAUUUGUGCACAGGGUCUUUUACAUUAAAUGGAAUUAAUGAUUCAUGUAAAACAGCUAAUAUUCCUGAUAUUAAUAUUGGUACAAAAUUUCAUGAAUACAAAUAUUUUUGUAGUACAUAUGAAUAUAGGAUAUCAUCUAAAUAUGUUGGAUGGGUAACAAACGUCAAUUUUUGGGACCCAUCAAAAAAUGCAACCGUAACAUUUUUAGGGGCAGCAAAGGGAAGAAUAAAAAAUAUAACCCCCAAAUCUAAAGAAAUUCAUCCUAAUAUAAGAAGCAUAAUGAAAAAUGGUUGUUCUGGUGACGUAAAAGAAGACUCUCUUGGGUGGUGCAUGCCAUCUGACAAAGCAAGAGCUACAGGAAAAGAUGAUGACAUUCCGGGAAUAUUAAAAAAAGGCUACGAAGACAUAGCAGCAAGAGGUUCUAAACGUGGUAGGACUAUGGCUUUUAUAUCGGCUGUUUGGUGUGAAAUGCUAAGAGCAUAUACUGUAAGGAGUUGGAAGCCUUUUUAUUCUGUUUUUAAUAGAAAUAUGUGGAUGCAUUUAGCUUGUAGCAUAUCUGCUACAUUAACUUUUCUUUCAACAUGUAUACCUGGUAUUACUUCUGUUUUAAAUACAACCUGUUUAUUGUGGUGGCAAUAUAUUUUAGCUAUAUUAUGGGCUUUUUUAAAUUUAGUUUUAGAUGAAGUAAUACCAAAAGUUAUAUAUAGAAGAAAAUAUAUGACUAUAAAAAAUUAG